UAUAACAUCGUAAUUCUAAAGAUUCUCGCCUCCGACGCUUUGGAGACGCUUUGAACAUUUCGAGAAUUCGAUAUCGAAAAGGAAAGGGAUUCAGAGAAAACUGAAAAGGCGCGAGGCGUGAGAGGAGCGCACGGAAAAAUUGGGUCGAUGCGCGGAAGAUGGCGGCCGUUGCGUGAUGCGCGUAAGAAGACUCGUACCGUACCUCGUACUUGGGUUUUGUGAAAAACAUGAAAGAACGAUAAAGUAAGGUGCGUAAAUACACGCGAGACGCGACUCGUCGUAAAAAGAAUUGCGCGCUCAGUUACUCGCGUCAAAUCUCGUUUCGAUCGCGGCAGUGUUGACGAACUUUGUUUACGAUAAGCGGCAACGAGAGAAGAAGCUGUCUCUUAUGGUUUUCGGCUGUCGUCGAUCGUCGCCGUCGCCGUCGCCGUCGCGUUUCUAGACCGCCUCGCGGUCCGCAGAAAUCGCACUCGCGACUCGCGACUCGCGACUCCAACUCGAUCACAGAUCAGACAUCACGUCUAUCUAUUCAUUGUCAGUCUACUGCAGUGGAGCGGUGGGAAAGAAAAAUAGGAGCACAAACCUGCAACGGACGCAUUCGACACUGGAGAUUAAGUGUUGCCGGACUUGGGCCCGGUGAGAAGAACAGUAGAGAUGCUGAAGCAAUUGCAGAUGGGGAUGAGAGCUUUUCUCUUAAUGGCCUCCCGUGUGUGGACCUGCAUCUGCUUUCUACUCAAGAAGCAGGUUAGAGCCAUCUCACAGAUGCAACCAGUCAAAUAUGAGAUCUUCCCGCUUUCACCUUUAUCUAGGCACAGACUUAGUAUAGUUAAAAGAAAAGUAUUAGUACUGGAUUUAGACGAAACUUUAAUUCACUCUCAUCACGAUGGAGUAGCAAGGCCAACUGUCAGGCCUGGUACACCUCCAGAUUUUGUUCUUAAAGUGACGAUAGACAGACAUCCUGUUAGAUUUUUUGUCCAUAAAAGACCACACGUAGAUUUUUUCUUGGAUAUUGUUAGUCAGUGGUACGAACUAGUAGUUUUUACUGCAUCCAUGGAAAUAUAUGGGGCAGCAGUUGCAGAUAAAUUAGAUAAUAACAGAGGUAUUUUAAGACGCAGAUAUUAUAGACAACAUUGUACGCCAGAAAUGGGUUCCUACACCAAGGAUUUAUCAGCAAUCUGUUCAGAUCUCUCUUCAGUCUUUAUUCUUGAUAACAGCCCAGGAGCUUAUAGAGCUUACCCACACAAUGCGAUACCCAUAAAAUCAUGGUUCAGCGAUGCGGGAGACACUGCUUUGUUAAGCUUACUUCCAGUUUUGGACGCUCUUCGCUUCACACAAGAUGUACGAUCCGUUCUUUCAAGGAAUUUACACUUACAUCAUACUUGGUAGCAUAGCCGAGAUUGAACAAUAUACUAGAUAUUCUAGAGUUGGAACUAUUAGCAGUUUCAGUUAGCCUAGGAUUAUUAUUGUUAUUAAUUAAUAGCAACACUAGGUCGCUGCCUGUAUAAUGAAAGAGCCCUUCCUUUCUUCAGUCUUUCUUUUUCUAUACUCGAACGGACAGCGGCGAGUAAAUACCGAAGGGAUGGUAUUCAGCCAAUGUAUAAUUAUAUAAGCACAAAGCAUCCUAGGAUAAUUCUUGUACAGUCUAUGUGUGCAGAAUCAUAAAGCAAUUUUUUUUUACUUUUUCUGUAAGCCUUUGCCAAAGAUCAAGAUAUGAAAAUAAGAUAGAACCGCACUAACCAGCAGGAUUUUUUAUUUUAAGUAUAUUUAAAACUUUUAUUUAUAUAUUUCG